AGGCGCCUGGAUGAAGCGUCCUGUUGUUUUCCUGCUCACACUGAGGAGAAAAGUUUCCGCUGUUGAUUCUGUUUCUGAACUUUUCUGACAAACUUUCUUUCUCGGAGAAACAAACAUGAGUCACGUCGACGUGAAAAACCUGAAGCCCACCAGCUUCGAGGACGAGUACUACGAUGAAUACGAAUAUUAUAACUUAACGGAUAAAUAUGCAGAGGGCUCAGCCCGUAAAGGCAGGACGAAGAAGGAGGCCAGUGAAAACACCAACAGGCACAACCCCGGAGGCCAUGAGCGCAAGAUUGUGGAAAAACUCCAGAACAGCGAGAAGAAAGACAAAGAGUGAAGACUGAGGGCAACUCGGACGGCUUAUCCCGGACACCGACCACGGCCUCCUUGGCGACAGAACGAGACGUGCAGACGGCAGGAGCGUCUUUGAGCUCCGAUGGGCGAGGUUCUACCUGGGCGUGAAGAGGAGCCCGCACAUCCAGAUGUUGCAGCUUCAGUGUGGAGAUCUUCAUCAUCUUCAUCCUCAGGCAGCAGACUGUGGCUCCUCAGCCUGUAGGUGUUGUAAAGCACUCACCUGUGGUGGCGUGCACCUGGUCCCUGUUCGGACCACGAUGGUGCACUGUGAUUGUGGUGAUGGUGAUUUCUAUGUGUUGACAAGUUUCAAUGGAUUUUUAAAAAGUAUUUUUACUAUUAAAAACUUUCUUUAAAGCGA